AUUGUGACUGCCAGUAUUUUUAAUUUAGCUGUAGCCAUCCUGUAGCCUAUUCUGCGCCCGGGCUCUCGGUCAGGUGAGUCGCAAUGGCUUCAGAUAGUGAAGAGGGAAAGGAGCGUCUUAUUGAAGACUAUAGGAACAGGUUGCGACAGCUCAUUGUGGUGGACCGGGUUCUAGAUCAUUUACAUAUAAUCGAAAACGACCAAAAGGAUCAGAUCAGACAAAAGGCCAGGACCGACGGAGAUUUAGCGGCUGCGGAUCACCUUAUUACCGCAGUCUUAAAGAGGCCUCACGCCAAAGGUUGGUUCCAAGCAUUUGUGGACGCUUUGAUACACUCGGAUUGUGAAUCUGCAGCGCUGUACAUCCAGACUGACAACACCAUUGAUCCAGCAGCAGAAGCAGACAAUGAUUACUGUGUCAAGCUUAUUGAAGUACUCUCUCCCAGCCUUGUGAGCAUGAAGACUGAAGAUGUGAGCCUCCGAUGUUUCGCUGAAAAACUAAUCACCCAGGAUGACUUAGAGAAAAUUAAAACUAGAACAGCAAACGUGGGGAACAUCAGUGGAGCCCGUGAGCUUCUGAGAAGUAUCGUGAGAUGUCGACCUGGAUGGUUUUCUCCUUUUCUUGAAAUUCUGCGUGUAACUGAACACAAACACCUGUACGAACUCACUGGAGGCUCAUCUGACGAUAAAAAGACAGUUGGGAAACUGCCUUCGCUGAAAGAUGAACCUAUGCAAUGUGAAGCAGCAGCUGGAAGCGGUGAUAGCCCCGAGUUUAUGGUCAUCAGCACUACCAACGAGUGUCCCGAAGAAGCAGAUCUGUACCAAGGGGUGAGCGCUGAAUCCCGACAACUGCCAGACAGCAUUGAGCCCUCACAAUCAGACCCUGUAGAAGCAGCCGGAGGACCAAGAAAAGAUGAUAUAGUUCUUCGAGAUUAUCAGCUGGAUGUGGCUAGACCUGCCUUGGUGGGGAAAAACAUCAUCAUAUGCCUCCCGACAGGAAGUGGUAAAACCAGAGUUGCCGUUUAUGUUACCAAAAAACAUCUGGACCAAAGGAGGGAAGAGGGGCGUUCAGGGAAAGUUAUAGUCCUGGUUAACAAGGUUCCUCUUGUUGAGCAGCAUUUUUCUGCAGAGUUCCAGCCAUUUUUGAGGAACGAGUAUAAAGUGGAGAGAGUCAGCGGAGACUCCCAGCUCAAAAUCUCUUUCACAGAGAUCGUGAAGGAUAAUGACGUCAUCGUUUGCACUGCCCAGAUCCUUGAGAAUUACCUGGAGAGGGCUAACACAGGAGAGGACGAAGGGGUGGACUUGAGUGAUCUGACACUGAUUGUGAUCGAUGAGUGUCACCACACUCAGAAAGGAGGAGUGUACAACCACAUAAUGAUGCGAUACCUGAAGCAGAAGCACAAGAACUUACUGCUAAAGAAAGAGCAAAAGAAGACCAAGCCCCUCCCUCAGAUUCUGGGCCUAACUGCCUCACCAGGGGUCGGGGGAGCCACGAAAAUGGAGAAAGCUGAGGACCACAUACUGCGCAUUUGUGCAAACUUGGAUGCCUACAAAAUCAUGACAACUGACCUUGGGCAAUUCAAAAGGGAACCAAGGAAGAGCAUUAAGACUGUUGAAGACAGAAAAGAGGAUCCCUUUGGUGAUGUCAUCAAGAACAUCAUGAAUGACAUUCAUACCCAUGCCGAGCUGAAUCCGACCUCUGACCUUGGCUCUCAGACUUAUGAACAGUGGGUUGUUCAAAAAGAGCGCAUAGCUGCAACGGACGAAAAUCGGAAAGUGCGGGUUUGCGCAGAGCACCUCAAACAGUACAGCGAGGGCCUGAAUCUCUGCAACACCAUUCGCAUGCGGGAUGCCUUGAAUUUCCUGAAUGAAUACCACGAGGAAGAGAAAAAGAAAAAAAAAUCCCCGGACGAUGAGCAAGCCAUAAUAAUUACAGUCACCGAGCGGUUCCUCUUUGAUUUGUUUGAAGGGAAGAAGGAAGAGCUGCAGCGGCUCGCAGAGAAACCAGAGUUUGAAAAUGACAGCCUGUCCAAACUACGAAGUAAAAUUCUGCAUGAGUUCAGUAGCAGAGAAAAGGCCAGGGGCAUCAUUUUCACCAAAACCCGACGCAGUGCUAUUGCUCUAAGCCAAUGGAUUAAGGAAAACCCCAAGUUUGCAGAUGUUGGAGUGAAAGCCUACCAUGUGAUCGGAGCAGGAGACCAGAGUGUUGUAAAACCAAUGACUUCUGCAGAGCAAAGGGAUGUGUUGACCAAAUUUCGUGAUGGUGAAGUCAACUUGCUGAUUGCCACCACAGUGGCCGAGGAGGGUUUGGACAUUGCAGCGUGCAAUUUUGUUAUCCGAUACGGCCUCGUGACCAAUGAGAUUGCUAUGAUUCAGGCUCGGGGAAGAGGAAGGGCUGAGGACAGCAGCUACACUCUGGUCGAUGUAAAGAACUCCGGAGUGACCGAGAAGGAGUGUGUCAAUGAGUACCGCAUCACCAUGAUGAACAAAGCCAUUGACAAAAUCAGAACCUUAAAACAAGAGGAGUAUGACAGAAGGAUACUCGAGUUUCAGAUGCAGGCUAUCAUGGAGGGGAGGAUUCGAAUGAAAAAGAAGCAGCAACAGCAAAUGCAGACUGAGAAGGGUGAUGUCAAGUUUAGCUGCCGAAGCUGCAGCAAGCAUGUCUGCACUGGCAAGGACAUCGAGCUCAUCGAAAACAUGCACAGAGUCAAUGUCUCAUCAGAGUUCAGAAAACUUUUCAUCAAGAGAGAAAACUCUACUCUUGAGGAGCGGCAUUUAGAUUAUGAGACCAAUUACUACAUAGCAUGCAAAGACUGUGGACAGAGAUGGGGUUCCAUGAUGCUCUACCGGGGAAUCGAUUGCCCCUGCCUUCAUGUGAAAAACUUUGUGGUGACGUUCAACGGUAAGAAGAAACCCAAAUGCACCAGUUGGAGUGACCUCAAAAUUAAGUUUCCUGCCUUCAACUACAUUGAACAUGCGCAGUUGGAACAAAGCUCAGAUGAAGAAGAAACUGACUAAAUCACAACUGCAUACAGUCGGUAAUACUCACAAAAGCAUUGUUUUCUACUGUGUCUUAUCUUAAAAUUGGACAGUAUAAAUUGCUGUACCCUUCACACUGGUAAAUGCAAUGUUUCCUGAAGUUUCUGUUAACUAAUACUGGGGGGUGUACGCAUGUGCUGCAAAGUAAUCUUUUUAUUAUUUUAUUGGAAAAAGGCUUACUCAUAGUUAUGUAAGAUUGUCAAAAUACAAAUGUUUCAUUGGUGUUGUACGGUUAUUAUAUGUUGAAAUAAUUGCAGGAGCAAGCAAUUACAAAAUCUGUGUUCAUUUCAUCACUGAUGCAAAAUGAAAAAAUAAAUGUUCUCUCAAACCCCGUGCUCUCAUGAGAUUGGAGCCACUGAGCCUGUGAUAGCCCCUCAGAGCCCACCUGUCAUAUACAUGCAGAUAAACAGGUGCUGCUGAUUUUCCAUGUAAUCCAACUGUUGAGCCAGUAGCAGCGGCUAUUUUUAGAACCAUUUGUCAAUUAUGUUUCCUCAUACAGAAAGAUACCUGUGCGAUUGUCUAAGGAAUGCUUGUCAGUAUGUAUUUUCAAUCAAUAAAGGUGUGUCCACUCA